AUGUAUCGUAAAAUAGUGUGGUGUUAUGUAUUUAUAUUGACUUUAUUGGAUAUAUCGUUGAACACUAAGCUGUCAGCUCAGGGAAAGAGCCAUGGUGUUACCGUACAUGAUUCCCUUAUAGAGGGGAUUACAUUUCAGGAAUGGGGUAAAGAGUCUGUGGAGGAAGGCGCUGGACGGAGUGGCGGUCUAGGGGCAGGACGCGCGGUGUCCGCGGGCGCUCUGUCCCUGUCGCCGCCCUCGCUGGAAUUUGGACGUGCAGCCCUGGCCGCCGCACACGCACUGACCGUCACGCUCACCAAUACUGCCAACACGACCAUGCAUCUCGCCUCCGUCGCUGGCACCACGCCUGACUUCCACGCUUCGUUCUUUGAGUCUAAGACGCUGCCCCCGCAAGCCAACACGACGUUCAGCGUGGUCUACCUGGGACGGCGCGAGGGUCCCGUCUCUGCUCAUCUCUAUAUACAUACGUCUUUAGGAGUGCAUAAAUAUCCCGUGUCGGCGGUGGGUGUGGCGAGCGAGUGGGGGGUGUGGCCGCUGGUCGGCGUGCGCGUGCCGCUCAAUGCUACCGUGGAGCCCUUGCUUACAAUGCACAACCCUACCGAUCAAACCAUACAGGUCAGCGAGGUAUACUCAUCAGGUUCAUGGCUAGGGCUUCAGCUACCGGACGGUGGGGCCGCGGCGCCGCGAGCCGCGUGGACGCUGGCGCCGGGCGCCACGCGCGCGCUCGUGCGCCUGCGCCUGGCGCCGCACCACCACACGCAGCAGCCGCACCACUCCCACCACGCACACCCCGUGCCGCUCACUGCAUACAUACGGAUCAAGGCAAACAUAACGGGCGGCGGGCUGGUGGUGUGCGUGGAGGCGCGCUCGGCCGCGCCGGGCGAGUUCGCCAGCCCGCUGCAGCUGCGGCUGCGCACCAGGGGCUCCAGGGACCCCGCCGACCUGUUGGACAUCUCGCUGGGCAACAGCGGCAGCUCAGGCGUGUCGCUGGAGGCGGGCGUGUGGGCGGCGCGCUGUGCGCCCGCGCCCCCCGCGCCGCCGCCGCCCCCGCCCCUCGCGCACGCGCCCUCGCACAACGGGGAGACCAAGGGCACCGCCAAUGGAAAUGGAGUGAAGUCAGAAGGCGUGUACGUGUCCCUGACGCGCUCGUACCUCGAGCCGCACCAACAGCUCACGCACGCGGCGCAACUCACCCUGGACUAUGCCAAGAUGUGGGCGGGGUACGGCGGGCCGGAGGGCGCGGCGGGCCGAGACGGGGCCUGGUGCGGCGGCUGGGUGUCGCUGGGGCGGGCCGCGGUACCCUACAGCGUGCGCGUGCUGCCCGGCACCAUGCUGCUCACGCCCGACGCGCUGCAUUUCGUGACCUCAAACCGUGAGGAAGCGCUGAGCAGUCGAGAAGUGCGCGUGCGCAACGAGUUCCCCGUACCCAUACAUAUUUCCAGCAUCGAUUUCGAACCAGACGUCGAACAAUAUUUUGAGGUAGAGAGUUCGGCGGGGCAGACCGUGCCGGAGGGCGCCAGCGGUGUAGUGGCGCGCGUGCGCCUGCGCAGCGCCGCGCUGGACGCGCCGCUGCGCACGAAGCUCGUGCUGCGCACCAACCUCAGUGACUACACUUUGCCGUUGCUGGUGUACAGCGGCCGCCUCGAUAUCGAAUGGGAGUGGCCCAACUCGGCGGACGGCACGCUGCGGCUGGGCACGCUGGGCGCGUCGUCGACCCGGCGCGUGAGCGCGGCGCUCGUGAACCGCGGCGUCACGCCGCUGUGCGUGCUGGAGCUGGGCGUGGCGCUGCCGGGCGCGCAGCUGGGCCUGCACAACUGCGCCGAGGCCGUGGUCGCCGAGCCCGCGCCAGACCCGCUCUCUUGUCGCUGCGUGGCGGCGGGCUCCCGCGCGUGGAUGCGGCUGACGGUGGUGGCGCCGGCGCGCGCGGGCGCGUUGAGCGGCCACGUGCAGCUGCGCGCGGCGCCGCCCGGGGCCCCCUCGCCCGGGGCCCCCGCGCCCAGCACGAGCACGCAGGCGCGCGUGGAGCUGGCCGCGCUGCCGGGCCGCCUGCACGCGCACACGCUCACUCUCGCUAACUCCGCGCCGUACGCGUGGUCGUCGGCGCCGCUGGUGCUGGAGAGCAGCAUGGCGCUGGGCAUGCGCGUGGCCGACGUCACGCUGCCGCCGGACAACCCCGCGCUCUUCUACCUUCCCAGCGCGGAGGGCUCUUCGGAGGAGGUGUCGAGCGGGCGUCACGCCGUCGGCACGGUCCUGUUCGCCGCCGAGAAGCUGUGCGAGCCCGACUGCUACACCGGCCUCGACAUCGACACACCCGAGGGCGCGGCGUGGGAGCGGCGCGGUGCGGCGCCGGACGAGGCGGCGCUGCGCCUGGACGCGGCGCUGCAGGCCGCGCGCCACGCGCUCUACGCGCGCAACCCGCGUCUCCACAACGUGUCGCUGCACGUGCACACCACGCGCGUCGUGCAGAUCCCGGUGACGGGUACCGUGAACGCGUGGUGGCCACGUUUAGCCGUCUCGCCCGGAGACGCGGGAUUGGCCGGGGUCGGCGGAGCGGUUCCGUUGAAAAUCCGAGUGAGGAACCCGUCGCGGAGUCAUCCGCUGCUCGUGCAACCGGUGGUGGGAGGGCCGCUGUCGCUCGCGGCGGUGGCGGAGGCGGCGGCGUGUCGCGCGGAGCGCUGCGCGUGCGGGCGCGCCGCCUUCCGCCUCGUGCAGUGGCGCGCCGCCCGGGGCGCCGCGCGCACGUGGCGCGUGCCGCACAACGCCACGAGCGCGCUGCCCGUGCUGCUGCUGGCGCCCGACGCAGAGAUCGAGCUCAAGCUCACCUUCGCGCCCCGGGAGGCGGCGCCGCUCACCGCCUACCUGUACCUGAGAAAUAACUUGACCAUAAUGGAAGGGGUUCAACUGUCGGGUCGCGGAGCAUACCCGAGCUUCGAGAUCGGUGGACGACGCCCCGGUACCAAUUCACCGCUACUGUUUGAGGUGAGCGAGUGCGUGGGCGGCGGCGCCACGGUGCGGCGCACGGUGGUGGCGCGCAACACGGGCCGCGUGCGCGUGCGCCUGCGCGACUGGCUCGUGGCGGGCGAGGCGUGCCAGGCGCGCGGCUUCCGCCUGUCGCCCUGCGCCGCGCUCUCGCUGGCGCCCAACGAGUCGCGCCCGCUCACGCUCGCCUUCACCGCCGACUGGACGCUCGCCAAGGUCCACGCCACGCUCGACCUCAAGUCGGAGCUGGGACGAGCCAGUUUCCCGCUCGCGGCGGCGGCGCCGGCGCGACUGCUGGCCAAGUGCGGCGGGGCGGCGCCGCGGCCGCCGUGGGAGCCGGCGCUGCGCGCGGCGGGCGCGCUGGCGGCGCUGGCCGCGCUGGCGCUGGUGCUGGCGGCCGCGGCGCUGGACGCCGAGCGGGAGCUGCGGCGCGCGCGAGCGCAGCGGCCCCCGCUGCCGCCGCCGGCCGCGCGACAGCCGCUCGACCUGCGCGCGCUGGCGCACGAACCUCAGGCACCGCCGCAGCCCGUGCCGCGCAGGCCGCCUCCGCGCCGCCGCCGGCCGCCGCGGCCCCCGGCCGACCCCGCCGCGGAGAGGCGCGCCUUCGAGCGCUGGCGCCGGGACGUGCUGGGCGCGCAGGACGACGACGAGCGCUCCUCGGAGGACAACGAUCGGAUCGAGCGCUCCACUCCCGACGACGUUCCGCCGCUCGAGGCCGAGGCGUUCGAGCCCGUCGACGACGUCGACGAGGCCCCGGGCGCCGCCAACGACGGUUACGAAGCGGACCCGGAGACGGAGGACCGCCCGCCGGGCGGCGGCGACGAGGAGGCCGCCUCGACCGGUUCGGGGUCCGCCUCCGCGUCCUCGUCGUCGCCGGUCGCCGAAGUCGACGAGGCGGACGACGGCGACGAGCGGGACCGCUCGCCUCGGAGUCGACCGCGGGCCGAACGAAACGAAUCCCCGGUCGCGACGCCCCGCGCCCCGCCCGCGGACGCGAGCGCGCGGCCGUGCCGACAGCCGACGCCGCGGCGGAGCGACAGGAGCAAGGCGGGCGAGGGCGAGGCGGGCGCGCGCGGCCGGCCCGCGGCGUGCAAGGCUGUGGCGCGCAAGGCGGCGGCGCGGCGGCGCUCGCGGCCCGCGUCCCCGGCGCGCGCGGCGCUGCGGCCCGAGGCGCGGGCGCCGGGCGCGCUGCGCUGGGGCGCGUCGUGGAGCUCGGUGGUGGCGGCGCGCCCCGGGCCCGCGCCGCUGGCGCCCAUCGGCUCCGACGUGCGGCGGCGCGCCGAGCCCGCGCCCGACCACUCGCUCUUCUACUUCAACGGCGACCCCGCGCACGCGCCGCCCCGGGAGCCCGACUUCGCGUGGCGCCCGCCGCCCCGCGUGGACCGCCCCGCCUUCUCCCCGGCGAGAGACCCCGCCUUCUCCCCGGCGAGAGACCCCGCCUUCUCCCCGGCGAGAGACCCCGCCUUCUCCCCGGCGAGAGACCCCGCGUUUCUCGACGAACCGGUCGGAGCGACCAACGGCUCCUACCGGUCGAUGAACUCGGUGUGGGGCGGCACGUUGGAGCCCCGGCCGGCCGCGGCGGCGUGGCUGUGGGGCGGGCUGGGCGACGGCGCGGCCGUUCGCCCGCCGCCCGGCUUCGGCGCGCCUCCUCGCCCCGUGCGGCCCUACGACCCCUUCCGCUCGCUCGCCAGCAUCUGGGCGCCCGGCGCGCUCGACUGGCGCGCCGACGAGCCGACGGCCGCCGACGAGCCCGGCGCCCCCCACUAG